AUGUCUAAACCAGGAGGUUACAGCAGCCAGUCCUACUCCCCCAGCGGCACGGGACCGGUGAAAAGCUACCCGACCAACAAGAUCGAUCCGACGGGAAAAUCCAGGGAGAAGGACGACAUGGUCGGACUCAACGACAAAUUCGUCAGGUUGAUUGACAAGGUGAAAAACCUGGAGGAUGAGAACAAAAAGCUCGACACAAAGCUGAAGAUCCUCAAGGAGCAGGAGGACUAUGAGGGGAAAAUCGAUGACAUCGUCAAGCAUCUGGAGAACGAGAUGGAAGAGCAAAUCUUGAAUUUGCUCCGCGACCAAGAAAAACUGAAAACCGAGUUGCUCAAGAACCAGGAGGAGGUGGAGGACACCAAGAAGAAGUAUGAGGAUGAGUUUCUGAAAAAAUCUCAACUGGAAAAUGACUUUAUUAUCAAGAAAAAGGAAGUAGAUGAAGGUCACCUGGAUGCAGUGGAUCUGGCUCUGGAGCUCGAGGACCUGAUGGGAAAACUGGAUUUCCUUAGGGUUGGCUAUGAUGAGGAGAUCAAGGAGCUGGAGUCACAAGUCCAAAACGAGACAGUGGUCUUACGUGACAGCAGCAAACGGUCUCUGGACAUGGAUGAGAUCGUUGACGGCGUCCGGAAUCAGUAUGCCUACAUGGCCGCCCGCAGCAGGGAGGAAGCUGAACACUGGAACCAGAAAAAGAUGGACGCCAUGGUCUUAAAUGCUGGACAACGUGAGCAGGAAGUGCGUGAAAUGAAGAGGGAGAUCUCAGACAUGGUGCGCCACAUCCAGAGGAUGAACGCGGACUUGGACGCUCUCAGAAGAAAGGAGGAGUCCCUGAAGAAGGACAUCGAUGACUUGAGGACAGAGGGUGAAAACAACCUGGCGAAGGCCAGGGCAGACAUCGUCCAGCUGGAGGAGGCCCUGAGGCGGGCCAAACAGGACCUGGCUGGACAGAUCCGCGAACACCAGGAGCUGAUGAACCUCAAGCUGGCCCUGGACAUCGAGAUCGCCACUUACCGCAAGCUGCUGGAGGGCGAGGAGCAGAGAAUGGACUACCUCAUGCGCAACGGAGACGUUCACCUGCCAGAGAAGCCACGAGCCCCAGAACCCAACGUAACCCCAGCAGUGUUCCCGGCCUCCAAGAAACGCGUGCUGAUCCGGGUGGAGGUGGAGGCAGGCCGAGUCGUGUCUGAGAGUUCCCAUUACACUGAAGACUGA